UAUAUAUAUAUAUAUAUAUACACACUACAUACCGUCAAGAUGCAGUUCACUACCUCAGUCCUCAGCCUCAUUGCCCUGGCCGUCUCGGUCAACGCCCACGGUCAUUCGAUUUCUCCCCUUGCGAUGGCCAACACUACCCCCUUCCAGAACAUUCGUAUCCCCGCAAACGGCUGCGGUGAAGGUGUUGAUGUCAGCAAAGGGACCGUUGCGGCUACGUACAAGGCCGGCUCGACCGGCACGGUUAUCUGGGACAUGGUCAACGGCGAUGGUGGUGGUCCCCUCUCUGUCGCUUUCGACGCCAGCGGCAAGGGUACUUCGUUCACCAAAGCCAAGAUCAUCACAAACAUCGAAGGUUCAAACGGCGGUGUUUCGAACUCUGUCAAGCGCGGCAACAAGACACUUACGUUCACGGUCCCCAGCACCACGUGCGCCCGCUGUGUCAUGCAGAUUCGCCAGGACAUUACGGGCAAGGAUGGCUUUGGUUCUUGCGCCAUCGUCACCAUCUCGUAAGGGAUUGGUUCUUUUUAUCUUUGGAUGGGUCGGAUCUUGCUGGUAACAGGCAGGGCAUCUGGGUUCUUGGAAGGUCUUGAUGACACUUUAAGACUGGGGAAUGUUCAUGGUGUGUAUUACUUUAUAGGCUUGUUUAAUCAGCUUCAGCGGAUAGAUUUCUAUUUUGACUGGG